GAAAAACUAUGUCUGAAUACAAGGAAGCGCUUUCUUUGUAAAUCGCGUUGUUCUCUUCCUUCUUCCACCGACUCCGAGAAACCCUCUUCUCUGUCGAUCCUUUGUUCUUCGCGUUUCAGAUCGAAAUUAAAAUCCAGUUUCAAUUUCAAAUCCAUUUCUGAAUCUCCAUUGCCAUUCGCAUUCCAGAUUGAUUUUGAAUUCUUCUGCUGUUUCUGUUCAAGGUUCUCAUCUCGGAAUCUGAGAAGAUGAUCGAGCGCAUUCUCGGCCCCAUCCGUCUCCGCCGGAUCCAGAGGGCCUUCCGCCACAGCGCCGUCACUGUUCUUUGUCUCUUCCUCACUGUCGUUGUCCUCCGCGGUACUGUCGGCGCUGGCAAGUUCGGCACUCCCGAGCAGGACUUUAAGGAGAUCCGUGACCAUUUCACCUCUCGCGGUCGUCGCGUUGAGCCUCGCCGUGUUCUUGAAGAGGUACAGCCGGAGACUACCGACAAGCCGGCUGACCAGUCCAAUAAUUACGCUACAUUCGAUAUUUCGAAGAUUUUGGUGGAUGAAGGUGAGGAUGAGAAGCCCGAUCCGAGUAAACCCUACAGUCUCGGUCCUAAAAUAUCCGAUUGGGAUCAUCAGCGAGCUGAAUGGCUGAAGAACAACCCUGAUUUCCCUAAUUUCAUUGGACCUAAUAAGCCCCGAGUUCUUUUGGUUACUGGAUCCUCCCCAAAGCCCUGUGAGAAUCCUGUUGGUGACCAUUACCUUCUGAAAUCGAUUAAGAACAAGAUCGAUUAUUGUAGGCUCCAUGGGAUUGAGAUUUUUUACAAUAUGGCACUUCUUGAUGCUGAAAUGGCUGGUUUCUGGGCUAAGCUUCCAUUGAUUAGGAAGCUUUUGCUGUCUCACCCGGAGGUUGAGUUCCUAUGGUGGAUGGACAGUGAUGCUAUGUUCACUGAUAUGGCUUUUGAGGUUCCAUGGGAAAGGUAUAAGGAUCAUAACUUUGUGAUGCACGGAUGGAAUGAGAUGAUUUAUGAUCAGAAGAAUUGGAUUGGGCUGAACACCGGAAGUUUUCUUCUGAGGAAUUGCCAGUGGUCGCUGGACAUUCUCGACGCCUGGGCGCCAAUGGGGCCGAAGGGCAAGAUUAGAGAUGAAGCUGGGAAGAUCCUGACUAGAGAGCUGAAGGGCAGGCCAGUUUUCGAAGCUGAUGAUCAGUCAGCUAUGGUUUAUCUGCUGGCAACUCAAAGAGAUCAAUGGGGGAACAAAGUAUACCUUGAGAAUGGGUACUAUCUACACGGAUAUUGGGGCAUUCUGGUCGAUCGAUAUGAGGAGAUGAUUGAGAAUCACCAUCCGGGGCUCGGCGAUCACCGAUGGCCUCUCGUCACCCAUUUCGUCGGGUGCAAGCCGUGCGGGAAGUUCGGAGAUUACCCAGUAGAAAGAUGCCUGAAACAAAUGGACAGAGCAUACAACUUUGGGGACAAUCAGAUUCUACAAAUCUACGGCUUUACACACAAAUCACUGGCCAGUAGGAGAGUGAAGCGGGUUCGGAAUGAAACGAGCAAUCCGUUGGAGGUGAAGGAUGAACUCGGGUUGCUUCAUCCAGCAUUCAAAGCUGUGAAGGUAUCAUUAUCUUCUUGAUAGCCAUUAUAAUACAGUGUUCAAAAUCGUAUGGUUUUGGUAUUUAUUUAUCAGUUACUAAUAAUGUGGGAGAUUUGUAAACUUUUUUUGGGUUCAAAAUCUGCGUUUUUGAUGUCAAUUUCAUUGAUUUUUAGAAGGCUUUCCUCUUAAUGGAAAAUCUGAGAGAUUAUCUGUUU